AUGAUAUUAGCCAAGCAUACACUUUUGAUGUUUCAAAUCAUCGCCUGUACGACAGGUUUAAUGACGAAUGCCAGAAGUAAAAGAUCACCCGCUGAUAGUUUCUCGUUUUUUGGAUUAAGGCCAUUUUCAGUACAAAGUCCUAUUUCACGUGCUCAACAGUCUUUGAGUAGUUUCGGUCAAUUAUUUACCUCACCUCUACAUCGGCAUACAAACGAAGAAAAUUUGUAUAAACCAGUAAAAGUUUUAAGUGUUAUUAACAACGAUGAAAGAAGCCAUUAUGACAUACAAACCAAUGCAUCACCGAUUCGAAAUCCGUAUUUAAAAGCAAACACGGAAGAUUCAUUUUCAGGUGAUUUAAUAAAAUCCAAUAUAGUAGAUGAAUAUAUUGAAUCGAAAAAAGCUGAUAAAAUUAGAAAUGUACAAAUAAUUAAUGAAAACAAAAAGAAUAACAAGGAUAAUAUUACAAGUAAUUCAUCUGAGCAAUUCUUGGAGCUCGAUCAAGAAUUGAUAAACUCCAUAUUUCAAACGACAACUGAAGACAAUAUAGAUUAUACAACAGGCACUUAUGAUGAAAAUAACACUACCACAGAUGAACUCCUGCGCAUUCCCGCUGCAGCUGUUGCUACUCUUUUAGGAAAAUAA